AUGAGCCUAAAGUUUCCUGACAUGAUAAGAGCUCUUGUGUCCUUUUGCGAGAAAAUUCAAGACAAUAUACUUUACAUGGAUGUAUGUGCUCUUUUACAUAAUUCACAACUAUCAUCAUUCUUGGAGCAAGUGUACCGCUACCCAGAGGACGUUUCCCCUUUGUGUUCUAAUACUACAGAUCUACAUAUAUGUAGCCGGCCGGUAGCUUACGGUUUCACUAGUGCUCACAAAGCAAUUAUAUUUGCUCCGCGCGCCACCGUGUCCUCCUAUGACAGCACAGGCUCGCAGCAGGGAGCAGACGUGGCCCCAUGCUGCGCCACCCCGACGCUGGUCGCCGCCUUGGCAGCAUCCUUCGCCUGCUGCUUCCUCUCCGUCCUUGUCUUUCUCUGCCUGCGCUUCAUCCACCUUCGCCGCACGUGGACGCCGCGCCACAGCGCGCAGCCCCUGCAAGGUGAGGGACAGGCCCAGCAGCAGCCCAAGCUCGGCCUCGACGCCGCCACCAUCGCGCUCAUCCCGUCCUUCCCUUACCUGCGGGAGAGCUCGGACUGGGCGCCGGCCGAGUGCGCCGUGUGCCUCGGCGCCCUCGACGAAGGGGAGACGGUGAGGCAGCUCCCGGCCUGCAAACAUCCUGCCCUGCUGCUCUGUUUAUUUGGUCCACUAACAAGCCUCAAGUACCCGCCGUCGGCGGGCGCUAUUGCGCACCGCCUUGUCGCCCCCUUCCCCACCGUCGUUGCUAGCCACCACCCCGGACAUACCUCUAAGCCCGGCACCAUCCAUGAAAACCUCCGGUGA